UGAAAUAUGACCCACAGGGUAACUCCUGGCAUUCUGCUGUGAGCCGGCGUCUGAAACCCAACUGCUUCAGCUACACACAAAUUUGGCAGAAUUGAGUAUAUUGGAGUAUACCAAAUAUUUGUGCGCUGACAUGCCAAACUGGGGAGGGGGGAACAAGUGUGGUGCCUGCCAGGGGACGGUAUAUCAUGCCGAGGAAGUCCAGUGUGAUGGCAAGAGCUUCCACAAGUGCUGCUUCCUCUGCAUGGUCUGCAGGAAGGGUCUCGACAGCACUACUUUGGCCAUUCAUGACAAGGAGAUCUACUGCAAGUCCUGCUAUGGGAAGAAAUAUGGGCCCAAGGGUUAUGGCUAUGGCCAGGGGGCCGGGACCCUGAACAUGGACCGAGGAGAGCGGCUGGGCAUCAAACCAGAGGAGAACCAUGGCCAUCGGCCCACAACGAACCCCAACCCAUCCAGGUUCGCUCAGAAGUUUGGGGGAUCCGAGAAGUGUGCACGCUGUGGAGAAUCCGUCUAUGCUGCUGAGAAGAUCGUGGGAGCGGGCAAGCCGUGGCACAAGAACUGCUUCCGGUGUGCCAAAUGUGGGAAGAGCUUGGAAUCCACCACCCAGACGGAGAAGGAAGGAGAAAUCUACUGUAAAGCUUGUUAUGCUAAGAACUUUGGGCCGAAGGGCUUUGGUUACGGUCAAGGUGCCGGAGCUCUAGUCCACGCCCAGUGAAGGCACAUUCCGGCAGUGUCCACACAGAACAGGACCCAAGGGCUGAAAGUUUUGUGUUUCUCCAAAACUGACUCAAUACUGCACCAAGGCCAUCAAUAUUUUAAUUCUCACACCCCAAAAUAUUGGUAAUUGACGACUUGAUGUGAAUACCAAAAUUAUUCUGUGUGAAUGAUGGCGACUAUCAUACAGUAAACAUUAGGUAAAGGAACACCUAUCUCAGAAAUGAACAGGACCUUACAUCAGUGGAAAAACCCUGUUUAUUUUUCAAUUUUUUUGAGACCAAUAUGCCAUUUUUUCACUAAAGGAAAAUUUAAAGAUAUAUUUUUUACUAACAAUAUACAUGAUCAAUAAUGCAUUUUUUUUAAAUCAAGAUCAUGAAACCAUCUGAUUAUUUCUAAUUAAAUAUGUUGUCCCUGAUUUUCAUUUUUAUACUGUGGAAUAUAGUUCAGGAAUGGAUUAUUCCUUCUCUGCUGUGGGACUGCUGCACAAAAUCUAGGCUGUCUUUUUCAUUUCAUAUUGCAAUUUAAUAAAGGUUUAAAAGAAAUACAUGUUUGAACAAUCUGUACUGCUGCAUUCAUAUCUGGGAUGAAUAUGAAGUCCAUAAUCCUGAAUGUUUUCAGAAUGCCCUUACCAGUACAAGGGAAUAAAUAAGCAUAAGGGCACAGAAUGGAUUUGUGAUUCAUUUGAAACUUUAAAUGCUUCAGUGUGGACAUUUUGGAACUAAUGGAUUGAGGAAGGUGACCCUGUUUGACUUUUUUU